AAGUUUAACUGUUCCGCUUCCCUCCUCUAGACUCUCUCUGUCUCUGCCUUUUUUCUUCGUUACCCUCCAAAAAAUUGCAGUCUUACGCGACGCCCUUUGUCGUUCUCUUAACCUCCGCAUCGUGGGACGCGUCAUCCUCCACCCCCACCACCUCCUACAUUUCGCUAAACCCUCUGCGAACGUUAGCCUCUUCCACGCCUUCUCAACUAUGGCCUCCUUAUCUUCUCCCCCCAGCAACUCGACCUGCGUACAAUCGGGCCGGAUCAGGGUUUUGAAGGAACGAUCGCGAGCAUCGGACGGGGCGGUGGGUCCUGUUGUGUAUUGGAUGUUCAGGGACCAAAGGAUCAGAGACAACUGGGCGUUGAUCCACGCCGUUGAUCAGGGCAACAAGGCCAAUGCACCCGUAGCUGUGGCGUUCAAUCUGUUUGAUCAGUUUCUAGGGGCGAAAGCUCGUCAGAUAGGGUUUAUGUAGGGUUUGAAACAACUGCAGGGUGAUCUCGAAGAGACCCUUCAAAUCCCAUUCCUCUUGUUUCAGGGAGAAGCUGAAAAGACUAUACCAGAUUUUUUAAGAGAAUGCGGGGCUUCCCUUUUAGUCACAGACUUCUCACCUUUACGUGAAAUUCAGAGGUGUAAAGAGGAAAUUUGCAAGAGGGUGAGUGAUUUGGUGACCAUUCACGAAGUUGAUGCCCACAACGUAGUACCUACUUGGGUGGCAUCAGAGAAGUUGGAGUAUAGCGCCAAGACCAUAAGGGGAAAAAUAAAUAAAAGGCUUCCAGAAUACCUCAUUGAUUUUCCUACUUUGCAGCCUCCAAGUAGAAAAUGGACCCGUGCAACUUUGUCGACUGAUUGGGAUGGCCUCAUUGCCAAUAUUUUGAGGAAAGGAGCAGAAGUUCCUGAAGUUGAGUGGUGUGAACCAGGGAAGGCAGCAAUGGAAGUAUUGGUGGGAAGUAAAAAUGGGUUCUUAACGAAAAGGUUGAAAGGUUAUUCAGCGGAUAGGAAUAAUCCAUUGAAACCUAGAGGGCUUUCUGGUCUCUCUCCAUACUUGCAUUUUGGGCAAAUAUCUGCGCAGCGGUGUGCUUUAGAGGCUCGCAGGGUCAGGAAAGUUUGUCCUCAGGCAGUUGAUACAUUCUUGGAGGAGUUAAUUGUGCGCCGAGAACUUGCUGAUAACUUCUGUUUCUACCAACAUCAUUAUGAUUCACUGAAAGGGGCAUGGGAAUGGGCACGUAAGACCUUGAUGGACCAUGCUUCUGACAAGCGAGAACAUAUUUACACCAGGGAACAAUUGGAAAAGGCACAAACAGCUGAUCCUCUUUGGAAUGCUUCUCAGUUGGAGAUGGUCUACCAUGGGAAGAUGCAUGGUUUUAUGCGGAUGUAUUGGGCAAAAAAGAUUCUUGAGUGGACAACAGCACCUGAAGAAGCGCUUGAAAUAUCGAUAUAUCUAAAUGACAAGUAUGAAAUAGAUGGCAGGGAUCCAAAUGGAUAUGUCGGUUGCAUGUGGUCAAUAUGUGGAGUUCAUGACCAGGGUUGGAAAGAACGUCCAGUUUUUGGGAAAAUACGGUACAUGAAUUAUGCAGGUUGCAAAAGGAAAUUUGAUGUGGAUGGAUACAUUGCUUAUACUAAAAGGCUAGUGGGUGAAACUAAGAAGAGAAAAGCAGAAAGCUUGCAGAGUCAGAAAGUGAAGGACCUCCGUAUUUAGUUUUGGGUUCGACGAUGAAGAUGAAGAUGAAGAUGAAGAGUAAUUUUGAAAGACAAAUAUGUGAAGGAAGUUAAGUUGGUAUCCCCGAGGAAGAAAGGCCGAUGAUCCAGAAACAUAGUUUAGAUGAUAGAUAGAUAGAUGGUGUUGCAAAGAUCUAUUCAUCAAACCUUUAUAUUUUGUACUGGCUACCAACUUCUUUUUUAUUUGCAA